AAAAAAAAAACACGCAUUUUCUACAACACAACAAAUAACAAACACGUGAUGCUCUGAGACUCCACGGAUCCGGUUACACCAUAUCGAGAAGUUAUCCAAUGAGAAAGCCGCUUAAAUUUUGGAGGAUCUUUGAUGAACGAUGGAAAAAAAUAACGCUUUGUUUGUGAAACACUUUUUGAACGCAAGCAAGGAUUAUUCCAGACAAAAACAUAAAGAAAACCAAAACAAAAACCAAACUUAAAAAAUUAACAAAAUAUAAAACGAAAACGAUAAAAUUGAAACGCAAAGUUCUCGACAAAAGAAGUCGAAAAACACUUUUUGAGAAUUCUAUAUCAAGCGAAACAAAACGAAACGAAACGGCAAAAAAUUAAGAGUAAAAAAAAAAUUAAACGAAGACCUAAACAAGAAGAGAAAACAAAAUCAAAACAAAUUUAAAUAACAUUAAAUGCAAAGGACAUUCGCAUGUGUGUGGUGGUGGAAAGAAAAUUCAAAACAAAAUUCACAAUUAGAAAACGCAGAAAAAAACGUAGAAAACGUAAACGCAAAAUCAACAGCAACAGCAACGGCAACAGCAACAACUGCAAUAAACUGUCAACAACGCGAACAAUUUUGAAUUGUAACAUUUCGACAAACAAGUUGAGCGAAAGCAAAAUUUCAACGUUUGGCGCAACUAAACGAAGACAGAAAGAGAGCGAAAGCCGGACCCAAGGAUAACUAUAAGGAUUACAAGCGGAACUUCGGGCCAGCUAAAAAAAAAAGUUUUGAACCAUACGAAGAGGAGAAGGAGUAGAAGAAGAGAAACUAACGCACACACAUAACGAAAACUCGGACAUACAACAAGCAACCCAGAUAAAGAGCAAAGGAUUAAGAUUUACAACAGAUCGUCCAACUAAAGGAACUUCAACUUGAAAUCGCGCAUACGACGCCGCCUCAGAGAGCAGCUGCGGCGAAUUCAGUCAGACGAGACAAACCAAAAAGAAAGAGGGGAACAGGAGAAAGCGGUGACAAUAACGCCGAAAGACAACAGCCAACCAAUCAAGGCAAAGCAAAGCAAAGGCGAAGUAAUCGCUCUCAACUAAAUCGCUGGCAGGAGAAGUUGCCUGCAUGUGUGUGCCUAUCGCUGUGAGAGCGCAACUGAAAGUGCAAGAGAGUAAGACAAGGGCAAAGGCGAGGGCAACGGAGAGGCAACGUGGAGAGAAGAGCGCGCGCUGCUGCUGCUGUUUGGCAUCAUCUUAUGAUGUCAUCAGAGGAGUACGACGCGGACUGUUUUGGUUUGUACAGCGAUGAGAAUGAUGUGCUGCUAAAAGCAACAACAUUAGCAUCAACAACAACAGCAACACCAACAAUAUCAUCAUCCGAGACAGAGGCUGAUUCUAAGCAGCAACCCCCACAGCAGGCAAAGAGCGUGACAAUUGUGCUGCCACCGCAGCCGCUGCAGGCAAGCAACGGCCGCACGACACCAACACCAACAUCAAUACCAAUACCAAUACCAACACUAAUACAAGCAACAAUUAACGGUGCCAGCGACAACGCGGCGAAUUGCGGCGAAGCGGAGAAAUAUAGCAAAGGCAGCGACAACGACAACGACAACGACGGCGACGACGUCGACAACGAGAACGAGACCGAGAACACGAAAGCGCACGACGAGGGCGAUUCUGACUCGGACGACGUCGUUGUAAUCGAAGGCAACAGCAAGGCGACGUCAGCAGCAGCAGCAGCAGCAGCGUCAGCCAACAGUAACUGCCGCAGUCGCAGUCGCAGUCGUAGUCGUAGUAGUCGCCGUAACGCACACAAACGGCAAAUCAGUCAGUCUACGGCCGUCGGUAAGACAACAACGUGCGCGGCUAAAAAACCAGCGACUUUAGCGUCAACGCCAACGCCAACAACAAUAAAAGUAGUCAGCAAUUGUAGCAACAACUCGAACUUGGUGAGAAAUCGUCGCACGCGCACACGAUCCUUGAGCAAAGACAAUAUCAGUAACAAUAUCAGUCAUAAUAGCAGUAAUACGAUUAGUAAUUGUAAUUUAAUCGCUAGCAGUGUUGGUAAUAGUGUUAAUAACAACGGCUGCAGCAACGGCGGCGCAACGGCAACCGCUGCCUUCAUGAGUAGCGCUGCUGCGGCUGCUGCGAGUGCCGCUAGUGGUGCACUCUAUAAUAAUAAUAAUAAUAACAUCAAUAACAACAACACAAGUUCAAAUCCAGCAACUGGAGCAACCGGAGCGGCAACAGCAACAACAGCAACUGGAGCAGCAGCAACCAGUGCUUUGUCCGGCUCAAGUUCGCCGGGCUCUGUGAAUUCCGCCUCCUCGUUGUUAACGGCUGCCUUUGGCAAUCUAUUUGGAGGCUCCUCCGCAAAGAUGUUAAACGAAUUGUUCGGUAGACAAAUGAAACAGGCGCAGGAUGCCACCAGUGGUUUGCCACAGAGUCUGGACAAUGCCAUGUUGGCGGCAGCUAUGGAGACAGCAACCAGUGCCGAGUUGCUGAGUGCUGCUGGCCUGGUCAGCAGUCUCAAUACCAGUAAAUUGCUCAAUAACAACAACAACAAUAACAACAACACCACACCGCUCAGCAAUGGCAGCAACAAUGCCUCAAUCUCACCUGGAUCCGCACACUCCUCCACGCCCAAAGGCGGCAACAGUCGCCGUGUCUCCAAUUGCAGUGAUCGAUCGCUCGAUGGACACUUGGCAGCUGGCGAUGUUGCUGGCGGGUCACCGCCUCGGGCGGCCUCAGUAAGUUCAUUGAAUGGUGGCGCCAGCAGCAACACCAAUGAACAGCAGCAGCAGCAGCAGUUGUUGCAACAUGAUUUGGUGGCACAUCAUAUGCUGCGCAACAUAUUGCAAGGCAAGAAGGAGCUAAUGCAACUCGAUCAGGAGCUGCGCACGGCCAUGCAACAACAACAGCAGCAGCAGCAACAACAGCAGCAGCAGCAACAACAGCAACAACAUCAGGAGAAGCAGCAGCAGGAACUGCAUUCCAAGUUGAACAACAACAACAGCGUUGCUGCCACCAACAAUAAUAAUAAUAACAACAACAACAACGUUGUCACUGAGAGCAUCAAUUUGAUUGAGGACAGCGAAAUGUCGGAGAUUAAAAUCAAAAGUGAGCCGGAACUGAUGCAAGCAACGCCGCAAGCGCCACACUCGCCACACGGCGGCAGCAGCCACAGUCACAGCAGCAGCAGCAGCAGCAACAGCAGCAACCACAGCCACAGUCACAGCAACAGUCACAGCAACAGUCACAGCAACAGUCACAACAGCAGCAGCAACAGCAUUGCCAGCAAUGAGAGUUUGCGACGCAAGUCCUCCGAUUCCCUCGACAGCAUGCAACGUGAGGAGCGUGCAACACUGGCAACAACAACAACAACAACAGAGCCACAGCUGGUAAAUGAAACGUUGCCCAACAAAAAGGAAGCUGUCGAUGUGGAUAUGCUCGAUGAGGUGGAGAUGUUGGGUUUGGGACAUUCCCGCAACUCGGAUCUGGAAUCGCUGGCAUCGCCAAGCCACUCGGAUAUAUUGCUGCUGGACAACAGUAAGGACGAGGUGCUGGACAACGAUGACAUCAUCGAGGACGACGACGACGAUGACGAGGACGAUGAUGACUGCAUCGAGACAAAGCGUGAGUCAAAUCCCAGCUCCGGCUGCCUCAAGAAGCCCGGCAUGGAGCUGAAACGUGCCCGUGUCGAGCACAUUGUGUCGAGCAUGCGAUGCAGUCCCACGGCCACGCCCCAGGCCGGACAGCUCCAGGUGAAUGGUUGCAAGAAGCGUAAGCUGUAUCAGCCGCAGCAACAUGCCAUGGAACGGUAUGUGGCAGCUGCAGCUGGUCUCAAUUUUGGUCUCAAUCUGCAGAGCAUGAUGCUCGACCAGGACGACAGUGAGUCCAAUGAGCUGGAGUCUCCGCAGAUCCAACAGAAGCGCGUCGAGAAGAAUGCGCUCAAGUCGCAGCUGCGCUCCAUGCAGGAGCAGCUGGCGGAGAUGCAACAGAAGUAUGUGCAGCUUUGCACCCGCAUGGAGCAGGAGUCCGAGUGCCAGGAUCUUGACAAUGAUCACGAGCAGGACAUUGAGAGCUUGGAGCCAGAAGCAGAAGCAGAACCAGAACAAGAACCAGAGCAGGAGCAGGAGCAUCAGAACGAUGACAUCGAACUCUCACAUUCGCCCACGCUCAGCGAGUCCACGCCCAAGGAGACGGCGGAGAGGGCGGGCUCCAGUUCGCCCACGUUGAAGGUGCAGGGCAGCAGCAGCAGCAGCAAGAGCACCAACGACAAUGCGACAGCAACCACGCCCAACAUGCUCACCCAGAUGAUGAGCAAGAUGAUGUCCGGCAAGUUGCAACAACACAAUCCCCUCGUGGGCGUAACGCAUCCCGCCUUGCCACAAGGAUUCCCGCCACUGUUGCAGCACAUGGGCGACAUGUCGCAUGCGGCAGCAAUGUAUCAGCAAUUCUUCUUCGAGCAGGAGGCACGCAUGGCCAAAGAGGCAGUUGAGCAGCAGCAACAACAGCAGCAACAGCAACAACAGCAGCAGCAGCAGCAACAACAGCAACAGCAGCAGCAACAACAGGAGCAGCAGCGUCGUUUUGAGCAGGAACAGGAGCAACAGCGACGCAAAGAGGAGCAACAGCAACAGUUGCAAAGACAGCAGCAGCACUUGCAACAAUUGCAACAGCAACAGCAGCUGGAGCAACAUGUUGCCGCUGCGGCACCACGCGUUCAAUUGCAUCCGCCCGCCCGCCUGCCCACACGUAUGGGCGGGGCUGCUGCCCACAAUGCCCUCAAAUCGGAACUGUCCGAGAAAUUCCAGAUGCUGCGACAACAGAACAGCAACAGCAACAACAACAGCAGCAAUAACAACAACAGCUCAAUGAUGCGGAUGUCCGGUACAGACUUGGAGGGUCUCGCCGAUGUCCUUAAGUCGGAGAUAACCACAUCGCUAUCCGCAUUGGUGGACACCAUUGUCACGAGGUUCGUGCAUCAGCGACGUCUGUUCAGCAAGCAGGCGGACUCGGUGACAGCAGCAGCGGAGCAGCUCAACAAGGAUCUGAUGUUGGCAUCCCAAAUUCUUGAUCGCAAAUCGCCGCGCACCAAAGUUGUUGCCGAUCGCGGCAAUGCGGGCGCCCAGAAUGGUUCGACGCCAGCAACACAAUCAGGUAAUAAUGGUUCACUUCUUCUAGCUAAUAGUCAAAUGCCCUCGCAGCAACAGCAACAGCAGCAGCAGCAACAGUUGCAGGGGAGCAGUCAGGGUAAUAGCAGCAAUGCACAGCAGCAGCAGCAGCAACAACUUGCACAGCAACAGCAGGCUGCACAGCAGCAACAGCAGCAAUCGCAAGUCAUGUCUGCCAUGGCUGCUGCCCAACAGCAAUUGCCGAAUUGCCAACAACUAAUUGCUGCGCCACGUCUCAAUGGCAAUCAAUUGUCGUUUGCCUCGCCCGCGGCAGCAGCUGCCGCUGCAAUGGGUUUGCAAAUGCAUCAUGCUGCCGCCGCGGCUGCCAUGCAACAGCAGCAGCAGCAGCAGCAACAACAUCAGCAACAGCAGCAGCAACAACAGGCAGGCGAAGCAGCUGUUGCUGGCAGCAAUGUGGCAAACAAUGUUAACCAAUCGAAUGCAACUAACAAUAGCUUAAGUUCACUUAAUAUACCACCCCCUCACAUACGUCCCUCGCCCACAGCAGCGGCCAUGUUUCAGGCGCCCAAAACGCCACAAGGCAUGAAUCCUGUGGCAGCAGCAGCGCUCUACAACUCGAUGACGGGUCCAUUCUGUCUACCGUCCGACCAGCAACAGCAGCAGCAGCAGCAACAACAACAAGCCGCCCAGCAGCAACAACAAGCCGCACAGCAGCAACAGGCCGCACAGCAGCAGCAACAGAAUGCCCAACAGACGCAACAGCAGCUGGAACAGAAUGAGGCCUUGAGUCUGGUGGUGACACCAAAGAAGAAACGCCACAAGGUCACAGAUACACGCAUCACACCGCGUACCGUUAGUCGUAUAUUGGCUCAGGAUGGGGUUGUGCCGCCUAGUGGACAGGCAGCCGCCGCAGCUGCAGCAGUUGCUGCCGCACAACAGCAACAGCAACAACAGCAGCAUCAGCAGCAGCAGCAGCAACAGCAGCAGCAGCAACAACAGCAGAGCAACAACAGUAGCAAUAACAACAUCAGCAACAACAACAACAACAAUGCAACACCCGCACAGAGCCCAACGGGUCGCGGCCAAUCGACGGGAACGUAUCAUCCGCCACCACCACCACCACCACCCAUGAUGCCAGUGUCCUUGCCCACAUCGGUGGCCAUACCAAAUCCAUCGCUGCACGAAUCCAAGGUCUUUUCACCAUACAGUCCGUUCUUUAAUCCCCAUGCGGCGCCGGGUCCACACGGUCCACCACAUGGGGGUCAACCCACCGCUGCACAGCUACACCACCAGCACCACCAUCAGCUGCAGCUAUCAUCGAGUCCACCGGGCAGCCUUGGCGCCCUCAUGGACUCACGCGACUCACCGCCACUACCACAUCCGCCAACGAUGCUCCAUCCCGCUCUAUUGGCAGCCGCCCAUCAUGGUGGCUCACCCGACUACAAGACCUGCCUGCGAGCCGUUAUGGAUGCCCAGGAUCGUCAGUCCGAGUGCAAUUCGGCCGAUAUGCAAUUCGAUGGCAUGCAGCCUACUUCUUCAACAUUGACACCGAUGCACCUGCGCAAGGCGAAGCUGAUGUUCUUCUGGGUGCGUUAUCCGAGCUCAGCGGUUCUCAAGAUGUACUUUCCGGACAUUAAGUUCAACAAGAACAACACAGCACAAUUGGUUAAAUGGUUCUCGAACUUCCGAGAAUUCUACUACAUACAAAUGGAGAAAUAUGCACGACAAGCUGUCACUGAAGGUAUCAAGACACCCGAUGAUCUGUUGAUUGCUGGAGAUAGUGAAUUAUAUCGCGUGCUCAAUUUGCACUACAAUCGCAAUAAUCACAUUGAGGUACCCCAAAAUUUCCGCUUUGUGGUCGAACAGACACUGCGUGAAUUUUUCCGUGCAAUACAGGGUGGCAAAGACACCGAGCAAUCGUGGAAGAAAUCCAUAUACAAAAUAAUAUCACGCAUGGACGAUCCCGUGCCCGAGUACUUCAAGUCGCCGAAUUUUUUAGAGCAGCUGGAAUAAGUGGAGGAGUUGGCUUUGCCAACAAUGCCACCGCCCUUGAAUCAUCAUCAUACGAACCCUGCUACGACUACUACUACACCAACAGCAACAACACUAAUUGCAACAGCAACAACAUCAGCAAGAGCAAGAGCAACAACAAUGCCGAGAGCCACGUCACGAAAACAAAAGUUAAAAAGUUAAAUCUACGUAAGAAAUAUAACUGGAUAUGAUAUGAUACACAUGCUAACAUUGUAUUAUACAAGUAUAAAACAAAACAAAAUUAUAAUACCGAAAACGAGGCAACACAUUCUUAAGGAACUCGAAUCUUAAAAGGCCUCUCGCCGAUCUAAAAUCUAAAAUCUAAAAACAAAUUUCUGUAGAGCCGUCAAAUAUUUUUUUCAAACAUUUAUGAAAAUGCCGUCAAAAAAACAUAGCUGCAUUUCGCAUUUUAUUUGAUGCAAUAACAACAACAAUUGAUACACACACACACACCAUACACAAAUGCACACACACUGGGAAAAGACUGCACUGAAAAUAAUGCAGAGCUUUUUUUGAUCAUCAAAAGACAAAGAUAAACAAAUAUAAACAUAGUGCAAAUUUAAAACCUGAGCCAGUAACAGAUACACCCACACCCACACACACACACACACAUCACCGAUACAACAAAUUGUAUCUAUACAGGAUGUAAACUGUACUCUGGCUGUGGGUUUGCUAGAUGAAAAUGUUUUUAAAAAUAUGUUUACAAAUACGUAUCUAUUACAAAUAGUUGAUCCAUCUAAAAAUCUACCGAAAGUUGACACACAUUCCAUACACACUCAUCUACACUCCCUCACACACACUACAAUCAAAUUUUUACACUAAAGUUUUCGCGUAAAUUGAAAGUGUGUUUUUUAGCCGAUUGAAAAGUGCUUUUCAACUGGAACAAUUCAAGUUUCAAUUGAAGACCAACUUUUCUGUACGUCUUUUAGAGACAAUUUUGCUCAAACUUUAAAAAAGUUUGCGUAAUCCUGUCGCUUAAAACAUGAAGAAGUAAAAACGUAUUUAAUUAUUAAGUUCAGGUUGCUUUUUUUCCUUUUAAAAUUAAGCAAAAAGUAACUUCGAUGUCGAACACAUAAAAAGUGAAGAAAAGAAAACCAAAAAGAUUUUCAAGAAAAGAAAUUAACCAUUUGCGAUUAGAAUUAUGAAAUGAUAAAUAAUAAUACGAAAUUUGUAUUCGCAGCGGGCGUUAGGGUAGCUAAAAUUUAUUUAAUGUUAUGCAAAACAUACAACCAAAGUUUAUUGUUAAUGAGCUUAGUUUGUAUGCGAAUUAUUUUUUAAACGAAUUCAAGUUCUUAUAUCUUAAUUAAUUAAUUUUUGAAAAAAAAAAGCACCAAAUUGUGCACGCAUAUUAAUUUCUUAAUACAUUACAUACGAGUUUAUACACUCGAAAACACAAACACACACACACACACACAUACACUAGUCUGUUAUUUAUGUACAUACUUAUACGUUUAGUUGAAUAAAGUUCGCCUUAAGUUUAUGUUUAGUUUAAUUUACUUGGCCUUAAGUUGCAACACAAGAAAUAUAUACACAAAAACACAACACUGUAAAUUAUUUGAGUUUAUUUAUUUAAUUAUUCAAUUGUGCUGUUAUCGUUUACCGAUUAUUGAUUCCGUGCCGAUGAUUAUGUACCUCAAGAUGCACUCUCAUUUCAUACCAAGCAUGGAAAGUGGGCGGGUUUAGAGGGAUAUGUUUGCCUGCUCUGCUCUUGUCUCUGGGGCGGGCAAACCUGUGACUGCAGUUCCUAACAUCAUCACCAAACUGCAGUACACUAAUAACAACAACAACAACAACAACAUUAAGAGCACCAACAACAAUCAUUUAAGCAUGCAAACACAUCACAUCGCUAAAAUAUCGAAUGUUAUUCGGCAAGUAUAAAUCAAUUAAUAAAAAUAUUCCUCAACAACUUUGCGGCAGCUCAUUUAAAAAAAAAACAAUGAAUUUCGGCCCAUCACUUGCUUUGAGUAGUACAUACAUCAUAAGCCGGCACCACGCCCCCUAACGCCCACUAGCCAUAUAACUGAAGCUCUUAUUUGGCUAAAGAAAUGUUUAGAGUUUAGAGUCGGAAGAACACCGUAACAAUAAUACACUGCAAACCUUUCGGCAAACCCAAUGAUUAAACAAAAUUUUAACAAUAGUCGAAUUUUAGCUAAGAACAAAUUGAAACGAACUAUUAACUUUUAGGCCUAAAUCACAUAAGUUUAUAUUGUAUAAACUUAUCAAAAUUGUAUCCAAUUUGGCGUAAAAAUAUGACAAAAUUAUUCAAGUAAAAACGGUGAGUUUCCUAAUCUAAUGAAAAACUAAUCGAAAUCGAAAUUUAAAUUGAAGUCCCUUUAAGAAAAAAAA